AUGUUCAUUGUGCUGCUCUCCGUGCUUUUGUGCCUACAUAAUUUCGACUAUGUGAUCGGGCAAGAUUGCAACGAUAAGGGAUGGGAAUGCCCGCAGAGGAAGGACCUUUGCGAUAACAAGGUGGGUUGUGCAUAUCUGUACGUACUUAUAUUUGUUUACACGUAUACUACGUAAAUGAGUAAAGAUGGCAUCCGGGCCGGACCGGGGCGAUUUUCGACCCGAGUUUCACCUCUAGUAAAUGACCAAAUACUUCCUGAACUCUCAGAGAAUAUAGACCUGGUAUUCUUCUGUAAGAAUCUGAAAACAUAAUAUCAUUCUGUCGGGAAAAUAAUGAGCAAAAUGCCGCUGUGCCUAUCGCGACGCUGAAGUAAAAAAGUAAUUUGAUUUUGCCGCGACAAAAUUCAUUUUCUCGACGGAUUUUCGAUGUGAUAGAGUGCUCAUUAUUUUCCCGACAGACUUAUAACAUUAUACGUAAAUGACCAAAUAUCAAUCUGUCGGAAAAUAGUAGCCUGUUUUCGCGGUUUGGAAUCACUUAUCAUCGUUUUGAGAUGGCUAGCCACAGCUUGAGAUUUGGUCCACCAUCUUUUUGAUUUCGCUGCGACGACCUGCCACUAUUUUCCCGACACAUUGAUACUUCAUGAGCUCUCACAGGUUGAGGGCUUGAUCUUCUGUAGGAAUCUAAAAACUGGAUACUUUAACUUUACUUGCUCACUGUGAUUUUCAGAUUUAUGAAGACUUGAUGAAAGAUCAAUGUCCCAAAACUUGCAACAAGUGUCAGAACAAUAAUGGAGGCAACAACAACGGCGGUAACAACAAUGGAGGCAAUAACAAUGGUGGCAACAACAACGGAGGGAAUAAUAACGGCGGAGGCAAUAAUGGAGGCAACAACGGUGGUAACAAUGGCGGAGGAAAUAACGGCGGAGGCAACAACGGCGGUAAUAACGGAGGGAAUAAUGGCGGAGGCAACAACAACGGUGGCAACAACGGCGGGAAUAAUGGAGGUAACAACGGCGGCAACAACGGAGGCAACAAUGGCGGGAACAACGGUGGCGGUAACAAUGGUGGAGGCAACAACAACGGCGGUAACAACAACGGCGGCAACAACAACGGCGGCAACAACAACGGUGGCAACAACGGCGGCAACAACGGCGGAAAUGGCAACGGCAAUGGUGGCGGCGGCGGCGGUUGCAACGACGGUGGACCCGACUGCGCCAAGAGCAAAUAUCUCUGCGAAAAUAGGGUAAGAUCUUGCGAUGACUUUGAGAGAAACUUCUUAGGCUUACAAAAGUUUCAUGGCCAAGGAAUGCCCACAGACUUGUGGGACAUGCGGACAAAACAACAACGGAGGAAAUAACGGUGGGAAUAAUAAUGGGGGCAACAAUGGCGGAGGUAAUAACGGAGGCAAUAAUGGAGGAAACAACGGAGGAAACAACGGAGGUAACAACGGAGGCAACGGAGGCAACAACGGUGGCAAUAAUGGCGGUAAUAAUGGCGGCAACAACGGAGGCAACAACGGCGGAAACAACGGUGGCAACAACGGCGGAAAUAACGGCGGAAAUAACGGUGGCAACAACGGUGGUAACGGCGGGGGCGGAUAA